AUGUCCAGUUAUCGUGGCGCAUGGCGAUAUCUCGCACAGUCCCUAGCCACAGGAUCCGGAGCGACAUGUCCUGAUGUUGCACUGUGCAUGCACGCCAAGGCUGCAAGAUUCCGUGACAGCCUUAGAGAACAGCCACAGGACGUGGGCCACACAUGGCCAAUGGGUAUCGAGCCGACCGAGGAGAAACGCUGGUGCCUAAUGAGGACAAUGCAGUCAACCGGGGCUGAUGCUGUGCCAAGCCAGUUUGGGGAUGCAGCCUCAUGCUGUCAGUCCUUGGCAGUUAGUAUUGAGUAG